AAUGUGUCCUUUUUCUUGCACCAGCRCAGUGCCAACCCCUGUGUCCCCUGUGUGCCACAGGAGCCCUCAAGUCCUACCUGCGCGAGCUGCCGGAGCCCCUCAUGACCUUCGAGCUGUACGAGGAGUGGAUCCAGGCCUCCAACAUCCCAGAGCAGGAGAAACGGCUGCAGGCUCUCUGGAACGCCUGCGAGAAGCUGCCCAAAGCCAACUACAACAACAUCAGGUACGUGAUUAAAUUCCUGGCCAAGCUGACCGAGUACCAGGACAUGAACAAAAUGACCCCGAGCAAUGUGGCCAUCGUGCUGGGGCCCAACCUGCUGUGGCCACAGGCUGAAGG